UGUCCUCAAAAUGGCGAUGUUUUCAGUUUCUUUUGUAAAGUUAUCCUGUUCUUUCUAUAAGUACAACGCUAUAUUUCUAUUUUUUGUCGUUACUGGGUCGGUAUUGCCUCAACAGGUGUCGCGACCGCGUGGUGUUUCACUUACCAAUAAACCGUUUUAUGAGAAUAAAGUAACAUUCACGUGUUUGGAUGGUUCUUUAAAGAUUCCAUUUUCCCAAGUGAAUGACGAUUAUUGUGAUUGUAAAGAUGGUACUGAUGAACCAGGUACUGCAGCAUGUACAAAUGGUCAGUUUCAUUGCACCAACGCAGGUCACAAACCUCUUUAUCUCCCAUCAUCCAGAGUAAAUGAUGGUAUAUGUGACUGUUGUGAUACAAGUGAUGAAUACGAUGGUAAAGUAACAUGUGAUAAUAACUGUAAAGAAUUAGGGCGAGAAGCCAAAGCGAAAAAAAUAGAAGAAAUGCAGGCAUUUAAUGAAGGAUACAGAAUAAGACAGGAUUAUGUGGCAGAAGGAAAACAACUCAGAGAUGAAAACCAGGUAGAUGAACCACCCCCACCUAUUGACAUUGAUGUGGAAGAUGUAGAAGGUGGUGAUAUUAAUCCGGAUGAUUAUCCAGACGAUGAUUAUCCGGAUAGUUAUAUAGAUGAGGAAGAUGAAGAUGAGGAUGACUAUUCCCCUCCGCGUAGAGUACAUAGACAUAAAAAAGAUGAUGAUGAUGAAAUGCCAGAAUAUGAUGAAGAAACCAAAGUGCUUAUUGAGAUUGCGGAUAAAGCCAGAGAAGAAUUCCGAGUUGAAGAUGCAAGAUAUAAUAAAAUAAACACUGAAAUCACUGACCUUGAAAAAGUGCUGUCCUUGGAUCUUGGCGGUGACAAUGAAUUUUAUUUCUUAGAAGGAAAAUGUUUUGAGUACCACGAUAAGGAGUACACAUACAAGUUUUGUCCGUUUGAAAAAGUUUCACAAAAAAAAUCUGGCAAAGAGACGUCAUUAGGGAAAUGGAAAGGUUGGGAGGGUCCAGAGGGUAACAAAUAUUCCAAGAUGAAGUAUGAUGGUGGUGAGAGGUGUUGGAAUGGACCUGACAGAUCUACUUUGGUCAAUCUCCGGUGUGGUAUUGAUAAUGUUGUCAUCACUGCUUUUGAGCCAAAUCGAUGUGAAUAUGAAAUGGAAUUCAAAACGCCGGCACUGUGUAACCAAAUUAUUGAUCCCGAGGCACUUAUAGAUAAACAUGAUGAGCUAUAACAUAUCAACCUAACAAGCCCUUUGAUUGGUU